GCACUCCUUCGAUUAACGUUCUAGUUACGCCUUUGAUCACUGGAAUAACGUUUAGUACGUUUUGCACUUUCAGAUCAAACAAUGAGCUUCACUUUACCAUCAGUCAUUCUGAAAGUUUGUCAAAUUGUUGCACUUGCCGCUGGUUUGGGAUGUGUUGGCUACUUCACAAAAGAAUUCGUUGAUAGUAUUGACGAUGAAUCAUAUAAACAAGGCCGUCUUGGUAGACAGGAAUUUUUUCUUUAUACGACCGGCGUCGGAGUUGUUAUUUCAAUCGUUGGAUUGGUUCUCAACUUUAAUGGAUUAAUCAAUAAAAAGCACAAUGCUGCAGCUAUGGCAGCAGUGCAAGGUAUAUGGACGAUACAGUUAUUGGUCACCACAAGCCUAAUUACCGUUGUUUUCUCUUCGUUUAACAACAAGGAUGAAACCGUUGUCUUCUCUUCGUUUAACAACACGGAUGAAUACUUAAUUCCAGUACCUUCUAAGUCUCAAUGUAAAGUUUGGGAUGACACCCCAAACAGGAAAUAUGAUUACACCUGUGGUCAAUUGAUUGGUGGAAUCGUCUCUGGUUUUAUUGCCGCCAUUUUGUAUGGAAUGGAUGCUAUUUUCACUUUCACAACUUCUAAGGAACAGAGUUAACAUGGAUAGCUAGUUAAUCGCAUUUAGUCCUCAACCCACAAACAAAAUCAAUAUUUUUGCGUCAUUUAGGUUAUUGUAACUUUUUCAUGUAAAGUAACUGUUACAUCAUUAAGCAUGCAUUUGAAUAAAAAUAAGAAUUUUUCUCCUUGCUGUUGAUUAA